AUGGAUAUUCUCAAGGUCCUGUCGCGAGGGACCAAGCAAGCGGCCAAAAAACCAGGAGUCCCGGCAACAAUACUGGCCCAAGCCAACAUUCCCUCGGCCGGCGUCGAAACGAACCCGCAGUUAUACCACGACCAUGUCGGCCCGCCGCCCAAGGGCAAGAAACGGAAGCGAAAGUCAAGGACGCAAGAUCACGACCACAUGGACGAUUCUGUAGACGAGGACGCCGAGCUGAGCGACUUUGACUUUUUCGCACCAAAAACGCGGCGGGAUUCGGACGUUGCAGGCUCCAAGGCCAGAGCGGCGGACGUGAAGAAGGCGAAGAAAGACACGGCCCAGGCCGAAAAGGCGCGUCCUAUCGAGCUGGACGAGUGCAAGAGGAUCUUGCGCUCUCACCGUCUCAAGUACACGCUGCUCCCUGUGCAAAAAGCAACGCCGGCAAAGGUCGAAAAGAGCAGCACGAAAAACAAAAAGAAGAAGGACAAGGGAGACAAUGCCGACGGUGCUUCUACAAUUUCCGCGCAAAGUAAGGGAGACAGGCAGCCCGUAUUCCCACAGCCUCUGGUGUCUUUUGGUCAGUUGCGGACUGCGUACCGGAUAUCCCCCAGGCUGGCCGACAACCUGGCAAAGGGUAGCUACAAGGUCCCGACCGAGGUGCAGCUAGGCGCUCUACCACUGCUUCUACGGCCCGAGUUUGCGCUCUCCCAUGAGGGUGACGGUGGAGACAAUAAUGGCAAAGGGAGCGACGGAGGGGAGGCCUUGGCUAUGCUGCAGGGGGCUUCGGCAGGUGUCGAUUUCUUGGCCAUUGCGCCCACCGGCAGCGGGAAAACGCUGAGCUUUCUACUCCCGGCAAUUAACGGGGUGCUCAAGCGAAGGGCAGAAAAGGGGGACACGGGAGAUGACAGCUCGCGCGACACAAAACAUGCGCUCGAGGCUGUUGUGGUAGCCCCGACCAGGGAGCUCGCUAGUCAGAUCGCAAACGAAGGCCGCAAGCUUGCAAUGGGAACGGGAGUCAGGGUCGUUCUCAUGCGUAAAGGUAUGAGGGUUGCUGCUGAGGAGGACAGCACCGAGAACAAGAGUGAAGAUCAGGAGGAAGAUGUUUUCAAGAGUGAAGAUGAAGCUUCGUCGUCAGAGGACGACGAAGAUGGAGAAAAAUCCGAAAAGCCAUCGAAGAAGCCCAACAAGGCCCCAAUCACCAAGGCCGACAUACUGGUCACAACUCCAAUGCUUCUCCUAAACUUGCUUUCCGACGGAACAUCAACAACGAAGAAAAAGCUACCCAGCGUUCGAUCGCUGAUACUGGACGAGGCCGACGUUCUCUUGGACCAAUUGUUCAGGGAGCAAACAAUGGGGAUAUGGUCAGCUUGCCGCAAUCCGGACCUGCGCGUCUCGUUUUGGUCCGCAACCAUGGCGUCCAACAUCGAGACCCUCAUACUAGACAAUCUUCGAAUCCAAGCCGGUGACUCUCUGGCCCCUCCACUGAUCAGGCUGGUUGUCGGCCUCAAGGACACAGCCGUGCCCAAUAUAUCCCACCGCCUAGUCUACACGGCCACAGAGUCCGGCAAGCUCCUUGCGCUCCGCCAGCUGCUCCACCCUGCAUCCUUUUCCACCAACAGCUCGUCAACCACCACACCCGAAGACGAGACGCCGCUGCGACCCCCCUUCCUAGUCUUUGCGCAGACCAUCGAGCGAGCCACGGCGCUGCACGAGGAGCUCAAGUACGACAUACCCGCCGCGGCAGGUGGCGCCUCGCGCGUCGCCGUCUUACACUCGUCGAUGCCCGAGUCGGCCCGCGCCGCCGUCAUUCGCCGCUUCCGCGCCGCCGACGUCUGGGUCCUCAUCACCACUGACGUCCUCGCGCGCGGCGUCGACUUUGCCGGCGUCAACGGCGUCGUCAACUACGACGUGCCCGGCUCCGCGGCCGCCUAUGUCCACCGGGCGGGCCGCACCGGCCGCGCCGGCCGCAAGGGCGGCAUCGCCGUCACCUUUUACACCAAGGAGGACAUACCCUUCGUCAAGAACGUCGCCAACGUCAUCGCCCUGAGCGAGCGGCAGGCCGGUGCCGGCGAGUCGGCCGCCCAGCGGUGGCUCCUGGACGCGCUGCCCGACGUCUCCAAGAAGGACAAGAAGGCGCUGCGCGAAAAGGGCGUCGAGUCGCGCCGCAGCGUCGCCGCCUCCAAGGGCAAGGCUCGCAUCACGUCCAAGAGCGCCUGGGAGAGGCGCAAGGAGAACAAUCGCCGCGGUGCCAUCGAGGGCAGCAAGAGGAGGAAGAUUGCCGCGAGGGAUCAGGCUGAUGAUGGCAGUGACGACGACGGCGGCGAGUGGGGCGGGAUCGAUGGUUGA